AUGAUAUCCUAUCAUUCGGAAACUAUUCUUAUGAAAUCGCGUGCUUCUUUUAACAUAAAAACAUUCAACAUGUCUGAUCAAACACUGAAUUUGACACAAUUGCUCGAUACAUUUCAAUUAUUUGACAAAAACAAAGAUGGCUGCAUUUGUGCGAAUGAACUUCGUGCUGCUUGUCAGAAACUACAAUUGACAAUCGACGAGACUCGAAUGAGAGAUUUAUUUCGCACUCGCGAAAGCAUCACAUUCGACGAGUUUCGGCAAAUCAUGCAAGAAUUCGGUCAACAUGCACCAGACGCUUAUCUUCACGAAACAUUCCGUGCAUUCGAUCACAACGCCGAUGGAUUCAUUACAGCUAAGGAAAUCAAAAAGACAAUGAAACGUCUCGGCGAGCCUCUCACUGAUAAACAAGCAAAAGAUAUGCUAAAAGCCGCUGAUACCAACCAGGACGGAAAGUUAUCUUUAGAAGAAUUUCGCACUUUAUUCAACUAUAUCACUCAACAAGCAACAACCCCACCGUUAUCACCAAUAGCUCCGGCACCAAACACUCCAUCAAAGAAACGUUUCAGUAAUCCUUUUAAAUCCCAAACUGAUUGA